UCCAGCAGGGGGUUGCGAGGCUUGGGGGUCUCGCCGCAUCCCAUGGGGGUUCUCCCUGGGCCCGCUGACCUGACCGUAAUCCCUUCGGCUGGAGCUGGGUUGCUGUCAGGGCUUGGCCACCUUGACCUUGCCCUCAGCUCUGGGGUUUGUGUGUAAGUGAUGAUGGUGUGUACGUGUGUUUAAGUCUGAGCCAUGUCCAGGUCCUUUGCUCGGAAACGGGCUGAGAGCUCGCACAGCCUGGAGCGCUUGGCUGGAAGGUGAGGCAGGUAGGGCCCAAGGCCCUCAGUGCUCCCAGGUCAGAGACCAUCGCGUGCCUCCCCUUGUGUCCUUGCAACCCAAAGCAUGAUGGAACCAUUGCAUAGACUCCAACAGUGUUGAUGCGGGAGGGCGUGGAUGUAAGAGAUCCAUUUGUCUACCAUUUGUCUACUUAUCGAGAAAGCCGUUAUUGCUGGGUGAUGCAACCGUAGGCGAGUUACUGAACUUGGCGUCUCCUGCUCCUUAUCUGUGAAGUGAAGUUUAUUGUUCCUAUCUUAAGUGGUGAUUGUGUGGAUUAAAUGGAAAUUUGAUGUCAAACAGUUGACAGUGCGGGGCACUAGGUAAGGGCUCAAUCAGUAGUAGCAGUUGGGAAUAGUAGGUAUCCACCUCCCCAUUUGUACAUAAAAAGCAACUGACACCCAGGGAGGAAAGUUACUUGUUCCGGGUCAUCUAGCCAUCUGGUACAUAGAAAUGAGAAUCCAGAUACCUUCAUUCCCAGCGGGGCACUUGCCACCAUCGCCUGCUCUUGCAUAUCCUUCAAGCAUGGUGACAAUAUCUUACCUGUUGUCUGUGAUUAUCUGUGUUCCUGGGUGUCUGUCUCUGCAGGGCCUGGGGGAAAGGUUAUAUUGAGAUUCCCCUGUGAAUAGGGCUGCCUGAACCAAGAGUGACUGCUGACCUUGUUGACUUUAGUUUUAGCUCCAAAUAUACUGCUUUAGACUCCCUGAUUACUGUUAUGAAUGGGGUCUCAGACAAUGAAAGAAAGAAUACAAUGAAAAAGAAGAAUUCAACCCAGAAUGUCUUGCUAGAGUUUCUGGGAGAAUGCUGCUAAUCCCCAGGAAGAGACAUGGAGGAUUUGGGUGAAGUUGUUUUACCCAAAUGCUGCAAAGUCUGUGGUGAUGGAGGAUCAGGGCCACAAACUCCAGAACAGAGUUUUUCUUUACAGCAGCCUUGUAUGUGUGGGCCGCUCUGAGACCUUGGGCAAACCAUCAAUUUCCUCAUUUGUAACAAGUGAUUUAUGGAAAGCAUCUGAUACAUUUUCUGCCAUCUAGGGAGUCUGCCCUUUUCCAAAAGGAUAGAUAUCUUGAGGAGGAGAACAUGGCUGCUCUUUUCCAGACAGCGAAGUCCCAGGUAUUUCAGGGCUUGUCAUUCAAGGAUGUGGCUGUGAACUUCACUGAGGAAGAAUGGAGAGAACUGGACCCUGCUCAGAGAGACUUGUACAGGGAUGUAAUGCUGGAGAACUAUAGGAACCUGAUCUCCUUGGGCUUUCCAUUUUCUAAACCUGAUAUCAUCUCCCAGUUGGAACAAGUAGUAAAUCCAUGGAUGCAGAAGGCAGAAUUGCUAAGAAGCAGCUGCAUAUAUUUGGAGACCAGAAAGUCAAACCCAAAGGAGGUAUUUUCUGAAAAAGAAUCAUACCAAGGGAUAAGUAUGGAGAGAAGCACAGGGGCUGAUGCAAGGACUUCUGGUUUGAAAGAAGCCCAGGGAUCUACAGAGAUUAAAGAGAAUGCUCAGGAUAGACUCUGGAAAGAAGCAACAGUUAUCUGCCAGAAAAGAACUUCUAUAGCCAAUAGUACCCCGAAAUGUAUUGAAUCUGGUAGACAUGUUAGUCUGAAGUCAGACAUUGUUAUACAAUCAAGACAUCAUAAGGAAGAGAGACCUUAUAUGUCUGAUGCUCAGGGAAAGAGUUUUAAACAGAAUUCAAAAUUGAUAAGACAUCAGAAAGAUAGCACUUAUGAGAAAGCUCUUCAGUGUAAUGAAUGUGGUAAACUAUUCAGUGAUCGCUCAAUUUAUGCUCAACAUUGUAGAGCUCAUAAUGGAGAAAAAAAUUUGGAAUGUAAUCAGUAUGAGAAGACCUUUGGUUAUGGUAUACACCACCCUGAACAUCAGAAAACUAAUAUUGGAGAGAAAUCUUAUGAAGAUAGGAAAGGGUAUAAGUGGAACUCACAACUUACCACCAAACAUCAUCAGAGUGUUCAUGGUGGGAAGGAAUAUAAUGUGCAUGAAAGAGCCUUAAUUCAGAAUGCACCAUUUAUUCAACAUCAGAGAACCCAACAUGGAGAGAAACCUUAUGAAUGCAGUGAAUGUAGAAAAACUUUUGGUAAUUAUUCAGCCCUAAUAGUACAUCAGAGAAUUCAUACUGGAGAGAAACCAUAUGAAUGCAAGGAAUGUGGGAAAGCCUUUAAUCAUAAUGUCUCUCUUAGUCAACACCAGAGAAUCCAUACUGGAGAGAAACCCCAUGAAUGUAAUGAGUGUGGGAAGGCUUUUAUUCAGAUAACACACUUUAUUCAACAUCAGCGAAUUCAUACUGGUGAGAAACCUUAUGAAUGUAAUGAAUGUGGUAAAGCCUUCAGUCACAAUUCAUCCCGUAUUGAACAUCAGUUUAUUCACACUGGAGAGAAGCCCUACGAAUGCAGUGAAUGUGGGAAAGCCUUCAGUCACAACUCUUCUCUUAUUGUCCAUCAAUUUAUUCACACUGGAGAGAAACCCUAUGAAUGCAGUGAAUGUGGCAAGGUCUUUAGUCAGAGCUCACAUCUCUAUCAACAUCAGAGAACUCACACUGGAGAGAAACCUUAUACCUGUAACAACUGUGGGAAAGCCUUUAGUGAUCGAUCAGCCCUUAUUCGACAUCAGAGAACUCAUACUGGGGAAAAACCUUACAAGUGUAGAGAAUGUGGUAAAGCUUUCAGCCAGAGCUCAACUCUCAUAAAACACACAAAAAUCCACACUGGAGAGAAACCUUACACCUGUAAAGAUUGCGGGAAAGCAUUCAGCCAGAGUUCAUCCCUGACGCAACAUCAGAAGAUUCAUACUGGGGAGAAACCGUUUGAUUGCCACCAGUGUGGGAAAGCCUUCAGUAGAAGCGCCCAUCUUACUCAGCAUCAGAGGAUUCACACUGGAGAGAAACCCUGUGAGUGUAAUGAGUGUGGCAGAGCUUUCCGGUGUAGUUCAGCCCUCAUUAGGCAUCAGAGACUCCACGGGGGAGAAUCACUCUGAAUGUGUGGUCAUUUAGACUCUUUACUUUGUUAAAUACCAAAGAAUCCUAUUUUCAUGGGUUAUUAUAAUUGUGAUCUUUUUUUUUUGGAGGGCUGAGAAUGCUCUCCUCCUGUUUUCUGCAAAGAAUUAGCUGCCAGAUUACCAUAAAUACAUGUGAAGAAAUACUGAUCUGAAAGCUGGAACAGCCCAAGAGACCAACCAUCAAUCUUUCUCUCUGUGUGUGUAUAUAUAUAUUUUUCCGCUGUACCCUAAAAUGACUAAUGUCACCAUGAAGUGAUUUUUUUUUCCUGACCUCAGGAAUAGGCUGUUCCAACAUGCAAAGCAAUUCCAGUUGUUCAAAAUUGAGCUCACUUCCCCUCCUUGUACUGAUUGGAAUACUGCCAUAUCCAAGUUAAUAGACUCAUGGUUGGUCAUAUAUUCGAAUACCACCUUUCUAUAAAUCUUUGCCUUAAUAUAUAAUCAUUCCUACCCCCUAGCAAUACUAUCCUCACUAAAAGGGCUACUUUGAACUCUCCCUUCCUACUGACUUUCCUAUCCGUCUCUUCUAUUUAAAGUGCUUACACAGUGUUAGCUACAGCUUGAUGUUCAACAGGGCUUGAGUUUCAGAGCUGAAGAGCACAACUGAAGAUAGAGAAAAAAAAUUUUGUUCUGAAAAUUUUAAGACAAAAUAUCCUGAAGAAAUGGUGACAUCUGGAAAUAAUUAUUGAAAUACAUGAACAUUUUAGUAACUUUUAGAAAUUGAAGGCAAGAAUAAAAAAAGAGUCCUCCAUAACAGUGACUGCUAUUAGAAUCAGAGCUCUUCAGAUAAUGUUUGUUAACAUCUUAGGCAUAGCCAGGUCCUUCUGAAAACUUUUCUUUCCUGGAGCCAGCUAGUUUGGGUUGUGGAAAAACAUUUGCCCCCUCCUUCAGAGGUCUCAUUUAUGAUAACCCAAUAUAGAACAAAUUUAUUAUGGCUAAAACUAA